AUAGCUGUAACAGCUGAAGCUAGACCAGGCUGAAGCCAUGAAUCCAGAACUCGAUCUGGGUCACCCAUGUGAAUAACAAGAACACAAGCACUCCAGCCAUCAUCUGGUCAAAGGAGCUGGUAUAGGAAGCCAGUGAAAGGUCAGACACUGACAACUAGAACACUCAAACGGCAAGCUGGUUGCUGUGUGGAGACUGUACUGGAGAGAGGGAAGAUGGACCAGAAGUACUGGCAGCUUGAAUUAGGGCAGAGUCAGCGUAAAUGGAAAGGGAUGUUUGCUGUGCAGAGGCAUGCGCCAGCAGCUGGGAUCUGUCUCUUCAGGCUCCUCACAGGUGGGUGAUGUCCUAGAGCUGCUUCAUCUGAUCAGGUUGAUGACGGAAAGUGGCAAGAGAAUGAACAGUGCCUAAGACUGGUCCAAAGAGGGAACGUGCUAGGAACGCUGCUGUAAGAACAAGCAACCUGCCCAGCAAGGAAUAUGACAUCAGCAUCAUUUUGGGUUUCUAUUCCAGGUGUCAUCUCAUGAGCCACUUCUUUGCUAUGGAAAAGGACAUUUUGAACUUUGCUCUCAGCUGCCCAGAACCUUUGCUGAGCCAAAACAAGACUUCUUGUAUUACUGAAUAAGGCGUUUGUUUAUUUCAUUUUUUCUAUCUUUUCAUCUUUUUGGUUACGGUCUAAGUUGUUUGGUCCUGAGAAUUGUACUUACUACUAAUAAUUUUAUAUGCACUUUUCAAAAUGAUUGACUUAAGCUUCCUGACCGAGGAGGAACAAGAAGCUAUCAUGAAGGUUCUGCAGCGGGACGCUGCUCUGAAGCAGACUGACGAGGAGAGAGUGAGACAUUUGCCUGAAAAAAUUAAGGAUGAUCAGCAACUAAAGAAUAUGAGUGGCCAAUGGUUUUAUGAAGCCAAGGCAAAAAGACACAGAGACAAAAUCCAUGGUGCAGAUCUCAUUAGAGCAUCCAUGAGAAAGAAGAGGAUUCAGGCACCAGCUGAGCAGAGUAAGAAUGGAACAAGGGGGGAAAAGGAAAGCUGGGUGAAUAAUGUCAACAAAGAUGCUUUGCUUCCUCCAGAACCAGCUGGUAUUAUAGAACAGCAGGAAGAGGAUGUGACACCAGCGUGGCCAAGCUCCAGUGUGGGAAAUCCAGCUUCUGUUAUGAUUGAUGUGUCCCAGGAAAACACAAGGAAAUCAGCUGGGUCUCCAGCUAAGGAAAGGAAGAAUCCUUUUAACGGCUCUAUGUUGCCAGAAGAUCACUUAUCGCAGCAAAUCAAAACUGAACAGUCAAAAAAUGGAAGAGCUGGUUUAUCUCAAAUACCAAAAGAGGGUGAAUUAUCGGAAUCACAAGAAAAUUUAGCUAUCCAAAAUAAUUCAAGCCAAAAUCCAGAGAAUUCAGAGCAGACUUUGCCAGAGCCUGCAGAUGGCUCCCAAAUCAAGACCCCAAUUCCAAAAGCCAGGAAAAUGAUCUACAAAUCAAAUGAUUUAAAGCAAGAUGAUAAUCAGUCUUUCCCCAAACAGAAGACAGAUGUCCUGAAUCCAAGAGGGGUUCCGAGAGGGAUCCUGAAGCGCAACUCCAGUUCUAGUAGCACAGACUCAGAGACCCUUCGUUUGAAUCACAGUUCUGAACCCAGGAGCAAGCUUGUGUCACCUGGCCUAACCAUCCAUGAGAGAAUUUCUGAGAAGGAGCAUUCUUUAGAUGAUGAUUCUCCCCCCAGUUCAGUGGAGCCACUAAAGCAUGUGAGGUUCUCUGCAGUGAAGAACGAACUUCCACAGGGUCCCCAGCUCAGCCAUGGCCUGGAAGUGGGGGAAUUUAGUGUUUUAGAACCUGACAUGUUGAAAAAUGAAGAAGAUACUACAGGAGAUGUAGAUGAGUCUCAGAAAGACCUCAAAACUUCCCCACACAGAGAUGCGUGGCCUAUUCUUCAGUCACCCUCAAGCUCAAGUGCACCAGAAAAUGAAACAAAAUCACCAGUGACUUCUGGGUUUUUCCCAAAUUCUGGGCUCAAUUCUGACACAGAAGUUUUAACUACAGGACCACAACUCUCUGAAAAUUCACCUACCCUCAAUGAACAUGAAGCUAAAUCAUCAGAAUUAAGAAAGUUUGAUCCAGAAUUACCCAGAAACCCUGCUGAUGAACUGUCUCAAGGUGUUGAGCCUGAGCCAUCUCAGGUGCCAAAUUGCAGUUCUAGAGACCAUCAGCAAGGUAAGCCCCCUCUUCUUACCACUGUAAAUGCUGAAACACCCUCAAAUGCUGGUCCAUAUGCCAUUGAGAUAAGAACAACAGCUGAUGAUUCCAUAUCUAAAGUCCUAGACUGGUUUAACCGAAGUUCUCUUGAUGGCAGUAAGUCAUCCCUCCCACACUCCCAAGGGAAAGAGCCCAAGCUAAAAACAGACUCAGAAUCGCAAGUUGCUGUUUCCUUGAUGGCAGAUGAUACUGGUAUAAAUGAAAACGACUCUGAGGCCCUGUCAUCCACUGAAAUUGGCUUGAAACCUAUGAAAUCAGAUUCAGCAUUCCAGACAGAGGGAGAUACACCACUUUCGGGAAAUUGCCAUGAUAUUUAUGUAAAUAUCAAAUCCAAAUCUAUGAAUUUCCCUCAACAAGGCACCCCAGAGGAAACCUUGGGGAUUUUGCAACCAUCUGAAAUCUCUGACAUCUCAAAUCAAGAGUGUAAAAAUAUGGACUGCAGUCAAAAUUCAGGAAGUGUGGAAGAUGACAAUGGGGCAUUUCCCCCAACCUGUAAUUCAUUCAGUGUUUAUAAGGAAUCCAGUACAGAAGCCCAAAUUCCACCCAACGAUAAGAAUGUUGGCAGCAUGGCAGAACACCCCAAGCAUUUUGUUCAUGAACAAAAUAGACAAAAUGAAGAAAUGAAUUUUGACUCUCCAAUAGUCCUCAAAGAGCCAACAUUAAAGGAUGGCAUAAAAGCUGAGAGAGAGAACAAAAAAGAAAGUAGCACUUUGACCCUGAAAACUUCAUUAGAGCCAGGAAAUACUGAGUUGCUACCUGAGGCUGCUAAUGAUGAAUUAUCUUGGAAGAAGCCUGAAGUCCAGCCCCCAAAAGAAGCUGGUGAUGGUCCCCAGAACCAGGUGAUAAGAGAGAGAUAUGGAAAAGUAAGUGAAAGAAUAUCCUUUUGGGAAGGAGAGAAAGCUGCUGCCAAGUUAACUCAUAAAGAACCAGCAUCCUCAUUUAUCCAGGAACAACCCUCUACUAAAGCAGCCCAGGCUGUGAAGCCACAUGGUGUGUUUAUGGACAGUUUACCUAUAAGUCAAAGUGAAAAUGAUAAAUUCACUGCCAGAAAAGUGAUCUUAGAUGAGGAUGAAGAAUUCAACUUCCCUAGUUUUCAUCCCUCAAAUAAACCUAAGGAUACUAGGUCCCAGCAAUUGAACUUGUUCAAAAACCAUCCUUCAGUUGAGCACUCAGAUAAAAUGUCUCUGUUUCAGAAUAAGAUAAAUGAGCCUAUACAAGGAUUGCCCCUGGAAGAAAGUUUGCACUCUGGAAGAUCCAUUACUUCAGCACUGCAACAUCCCUCAAAUGAUGGAAAUGAAAUACAUACUUCUUUGGAGAAGGACAGAUCUCUAACUGCUGAAUCAAAUACUAACUUUAAGGUUAUAUCCCCAAAAGAAAGAACAGAUGAAUUCAAUACAGAACAGGUGUAUAAUCACUCUCAGUUUGAGAAGUUGAAAAAGUUUUGGGACUCAGGAGCUAUUCCAACCAAUAAGGAAAAUGGUGAGAAUAAUACAAUCACAAUAAACCAAAAAAUGUAUCUGCCUUUUGAGAGCCAGCAACACAAGGAAUCCAAUGAUAUUAAGUCAUCAGAGGAGAAUAAACAUGAAGCAGAGGCAAUUUUGAGUCCCAAAAACAUUACAGCAAGAGAGGAAAUGGAGAAAAUAAAUUUAAAGUACAGACACCAGGUGCUACCAGAUGAAACCAAAUUUCCACUGGGACAACACAGAGAGCCCACUCUUCAGUUGCCAGAAAUUGAAUCAUCCAAGGAAAAUGUGGAAAUGAAUAGGGAAGGAUACGCUACUUCUGUGUUGAAGAAAGAAAAAAAUUACCCAGAUGAAGAGAGUCACGAAUCCACAGUGAAAACAAGUGUUUUCCCGAAAAGGUAUGAAGAUUCUUGCAAUGACACUUUACAAAGGCUGCUUUCUGACGUGUCAUCACCAGCCAUCCGGCCUCCUGGUGAAGAGGCUUGCAGAAAACAAGUGCCUGAAGCAGGUAUUUGUCUGAACAGGACGUGGCCUCAGAAGACAGAUUUUGCUGAUACUGAGAAAGAAGGCAAAGAACCUAAGGUGACUGAUGAACACAUAGACAAAACAGUAGCUCCCAUGAAGUUCAGGCAGAACACUUUGACUUCCAGACUGGAUAAACUUCUUCAGGAAGCAGCGAGAACCACACUUUCUCCCUUGGAAACCAACUUGGAACCAGUUACCACUUGUAUAAACUCUGAGCCUGGUGAGGGCAGGUCUGUUGAAAAGAGUAUAGAACAGAGUCCCAAUGUUUCACCCCAUCAGAGAGAAAUAAGAUCUCCUCUUCCCGAGGAGAAUGAAACAUCAGAAAACACAGCUUUCAUCCUGAAAACUGAAAGUGGUGAGUGCCCACUCAACCAAGAGACCUUGCAUCAGACAGCUGCAGAAGUUUCUCACCCAUUGAAUCAACUUUCUGAUCUUCACAGGAUGGGUUCUUUUAGGGAUGUGGACAACUCUUCCCAAGAAAUACCUUCCUCUAGGGUUGCUUAUCUUGCUCCACAAAAUACAGCACUACCUUGUCAAAGGGAAGUUUCAGAAACUGUAGAGAAAGUCAUUCUUCCACCCAAACCUGCACCAAAUAAUGUGAAUGCUCUAUUAGAGAGACUACUUAGAGAAUCUUGCCUGAGUUAUCCAGCUGAAAAGGAAGAUGAUCCUGGAAUAGUGAAAGCAGAAUAUUUUGCAGGGGUGCAGGCACCAGGUUUACCCCCAAAUUCUCAGGAAAUAGUCCCAUGGUGUGCUACAAUGGAUACCACAGUUCCUGAGAAAGAGGCUUUUUAUUUCUUAACUGAAAUUCCUGACAAAACUCAGGGAGUCAGAUCUCAUUUACCCACUCAAAUGCAACUGUUAGAACAGACCCUGAGUUCGUAUGGUUCCACUGAUACUCACCAUACCAAAGAGCUGCCACAGGAAGUGGCAGAAAUUGUGAGGGAAACAAUUAUUCAGCCCAGAUCAGAAUUCCCAGAAUUCAAUAUUGGCUUGGAAAAACUUCUGCAGGAAACAAUUAAUAAUAUCCCUUCAAAUUUUCAAAAUGAUACAGAGACUUUUUUCUCAUCAGAAUUUACAAAUAGUACUGAGGCAACCAAGCCACCUACUCCUGAAUUGCAUCUGGAGGAAAUAAAAGAAACAGUAGAAAAGGAUGAGGCUCCCACAGUAGUGGAGAGUGCUUUUGAUGCUGGUUUUGAGAAACUUCUUGCAGAAAUACCUGAAAUCCCUUCUGACCAUCUCCAGGUGUCAGGGAUGGAGGAUGCUCCUAAUAAGGAGCUCUCCCAGUCAGAACAGGUCAGGUCUUUGAGGACAGAUCCACAUUUACAUCAAGCAGCAACCGAGGCCUCAGGAAUGAAGACUAACAGUGAUGAUUUGGAAUCUCAAGUCAACCAAGGUGGUAAAGAACUGGGAGGAGAGGAAGCUGUGACUGAUUUAUUGAUAGAUCUUUGUGACUCUGAAAGUGGGGGUGAGAUCCCCAGAAUCCCACAGCUUUAUUUGGACCAUGAAAUAGGGACCCUUACACCUAUCAAACCCCCAAAAGACAGAGACUGUAAAAGUGAGGUUCCAGGGGCUAGUCAGAAACCUGGCUUUGAGGAAGACCUUGAAACAAUUAGGCAACCCGUCCUCCUGACAAUGAAAGAGAACCCUACAAAAAUGAGUAGAGUUGAGUUGAUUCUGGCAUCCGCUGAUGAGAGACAAGAGGAAGAAAAAGAAGGCUUCUCUGACUCAGAUUUCUCAGAUGCAAACACUGGUUCUAGUGCUGAAAGCUGUAGAAAUACCUCCAGUUCAGAAGAAGAACCCAGUCCUGUUUUGAAAACUUUGGAAAGGAGUGCUGCUAGGAAAAUGCCUUCCAAAAAUCUAGAAGACAUUUCAUCAGACUUAUCAAAUCAAGCAAAAGUAGAUAAUCUGCCAGAAGAAUUAGUACGUAGUGCUGACGAUGAUCAAAAAGCAGAUCAGGAACCAGAUACAAAUGAAUGCGUACCAGGAAUUUCCACAGUGCCUUCACAGCCUGAUAAUCAGUUUUCCCAGCCUGACAAAGUCAAAAGGAUGAGCAAGUCUGUUCCAGCAUUUCUUCAAGAUGAGAGUGAUGACAGAGAAACAGAUACAGCAUCAGAAAGCAGUUACCAGCUCAGCAGACACAAGAAGAGCCCGAGCUCUUUAACCAAUCUUAGCAGCUCCUCUGGCAUGACGUCCUUGUCUUCUGUGAGUGGCAGUGUCAUGAGUGUUUAUAGUGGAGACUUUGGCAAUCUGGAAGUUAAAGGAAAAAUCCAGUUUGCAGUGGACUAUGUGGAGUCACUGAAGGAGUUGCAUGUUUUUGUGGCCCAGUGUAAGGAUUUAGCAGCAGCGGAUGUUAAAAGACAGCGUUCUGACCCAUACGUAAAGGCCUAUUUGUUACCAGACAGAGGCAAAAUGGGCAAGAAGAAAACACUCGUGGUGAAGAAAACACUGAAUCCUGUGUAUAAUGAGAUUUUGCGGUAUAAAAUCGAGAAGCAUGUUUUAAAGACCCAGAAGCUGAACCUGUCUGUUUGGCAUCGAGAUACUUUUAAGCGCAAUAGUUUCCUAGGGGAGGUGGAACUUGAUUUGGAUACAUGGGAUUGGGACAACAAACAAAAUAAGCAAUUACAGUGGUAUCCUCUGAAGCGGAAGACUGCACCUGUUGCCAUUGAAGCAGAAAACAGAGGUGAGAUGAAGCUAGCUCUCCAGUACGUUCCAGAGCCCACACCCGGUAAAAAGCUUCCUACAACUGGAGAAGUACACAUUUGGGUGAAAGAAUGCCUUGAUCUACCACUACUAAGGGGAAACCAUCUAAAUUCUUUUGUUAAAUGUACCAUCCUUCCAGAUACAAGUAGGAAAAGUCGCCAGAAGACAAGAGCUGUAGGGAAAACCACCAACCCUAUUUUCAACCACACCAUGGUGUAUGAUGGGUUCAGACCUGAAGAUCUGACGGAAGCCUGUGUAGAGCUCACUGUCUGGGACCAUUAUAAGUUAACCAACCAGUUCUUGGGAGGUCUUCGGAUUGGAUUUGGAACAGGUAAAAGUUAUGGGACUGAAGUAGAUUGGAUGGACUCUACGUCAGAGGAAGUUGCUCUCUGGGAGAAGAUGGUAAAUAGCCCCAACACUUGGAUUGAAGCAACACUGCCUCUUAGGAUGCUUUUGAUUGCCAAGAUUUCCAAAUGAAAGGCCACCAGCUCCUCCCCAAGAACUAUUGAACAGGUGAAAUUUGACCUUGAAAAUCUGACUUCAUAGCAAAGCUCUUCACUUUUCAUUUCUUGCCACUAAUGGAUACUACACAGAAUGUUAAAGACCACCUGCAUGUGUUUUUGAUUAUGAGGUCCAAGAGAUUUAAAUAAAACAUGUAACUUCCUUGUUACUCCAACAUUCAGAGAAAGCAUUUGAGCAAUUUUAGGAAAAUGUCAUUAUUGCUUUGAAGAAAAGGCUGCCUCUAAAAUGCUACAUGUGGAGUCUUUUUAACCAGAUAAAUAUUUGUUGGCCAUUAUCUGUUUCAAACUGCAAUCUUGUACUAAAGUUACAAAGGCUUGCCACAUGAUUAUUGCAAACUCUUGUGGGACUUAUAAAUGUGUAGGUUGUAGAAAAGUAACAAAGAUAUUCCUGGAGGGAAAAAAAAAGGAAAAUCAGCAGAGAUGAGAAGGAUUCUUACCA